AUGUCCUUCUCGGUUGCUACCUCCCGAACGGCGCCCCUCGCGGCGCUCGGCGCUCGAACCGGCCGUCAGGCGCGCGCCAAUCGGUCGCGGGCGAUGCGCUGCGUCGCCGCCGCCGCCUCGGAGACCUCCGAGCAGCAGAAGACACUCAAGAAGAACGCCGACGCCAUCGCGGACGACCUGAAGGGCGUGACCGUCACCUUCGUCGGCGAUAACGAGUCCGCGAACAUCGCGGUGGCGCAGGAGGUGGCCAAAGCCCUGGGGUACACCCCGCUGUCCACCCCCGACCUCAUCGAGAAAAUCACGGACUCGACGCGCGAGCAGAUACUCGAGGAGGACGGCGAGGCCAGGCUCGUGAUCGCCGAGAACGCGGUGCUCGAGCAGCUCAGCACGCUCAUCCGCUGCGCGGUGGGCACGAGCGGCGGCGGGCGGGGCGCCACCGCGCGCGGGGACUGCUGGGACUACCUCUUUGGGCAGUUCACCGUCUGGAUAGACGACGCCGAGGCGAUGGCCGCGGCGGAGUCUGAUCCGUCCACCGCGCCGCAGAGGGAGGCGUACGAGCUCGCGGAGGUGCACCUGGUGAUGAGCAAGAAGGAGUGUAAGCCCGGGGACGAGGCGGCGGGCAUCGGCGCGCAGGCUCUGGAGGCCAUCGGGUCAAUCAUCAAGGACGAUCCGCAGGUGCCGGGCAAGAAAGGGUUCUACGUGAAGAUGGGGUGCAGGGGAGACUGGCCCGUGUUGCAGCCGCCGGGAUGGGACGGGACCAAGGAGGGCAUGGUGGAUCCAAAAACGGGUAAGCCGUACAGGGACGCGGAGCAGGCCGUGGCGCCCAAGACCGGCGAGGUGUGA